AUGGCAUCACAACUUCCAACAGUAGUUAUCGAUAAUGGAUCUGGCUUCAUCAAAGCUGGUGUUGCUGGUUAUCAAUCACCAAGUGCCGUAUUUUCCAAUAUGAUUGGUAAAGCAAAAGAUACUUCAGUACUUGUUGGUACAGUCAACCGAGAACAUUAUGUUGGACAUUCUGCUCAAUCCAAGAGAGGUGUUUUGCAAUUAGACUAUCCAAUGGUACACGGAACAAUUGAAAAUUAUGAUCACUGGGAAUCUGUUAUUGCUCACACCUAUUACAAUGAAUUAAAAUUAGCACCUGAGGAACAACCACUUUUAUUAACAGAUGCUCCUUUCACACCAAAAGUACAACGUGAGAAAGUUUGUGAAAUUUUAAUGGAAAAGUUUGAAGUUCCUGCUUUUUAUUUGGGUAUUCAAGGAGCAUUGUCAUUGAUGGCUUCUGGUAGAUUGACAGGUGUUUGUUUGGAUGUUGGUGAUGGUGCAGCUCAUUGUGUUCCAAUGUAUGAUGGUCUUGUCAUGCUUCAUGCUGUACUCCGAUUGAAUAUUGCUGGAAGAGAUGUGACAGAAUAUUUAAUGAAAAUGUUAAGUGAAAAGGACCACAAUUUCCACACAACAGCCGAACAUGAAAUUAUUAGACAAAUGAAAGAAAAACACUGUUACAUUCCAUUGGAUUAUGAUGAAGAAAUGGAAAAAGCAGAGGAAAGUUCAUCUUUGGAUCAAGUUUACAACUUACCUGAUGGUACAGCAAUUACAAUCAAUUCUGAAAGAUUCCGUGCACCAGAAGUUCUCUUCUAUCCUCAACUUAUUGGUAUGGAAUCAUCUGGUAUACAUGAACUCUUGUUUGAAUCAAUUAGUCGUUCACCAAUCGACGUUCGUAAGACAUUGUAUCGUAAUUCAGUUCUUGCUGGUGGUUCAACAAAAUUUGAAGGUAUUGAAGAGAGAUUAACAAAGGAAAUGACAGAGAAGGCACCAUCUUCAAUGGAUAUUCGUAUUGUUGCAGGAGAUAGGAGAGAUCAAUUGGCAUGGAUUGGUGGCAGUAUUAGAGCUACCUUGUCUUCAUUCUUUGAUUUGUGUGUUACAAGGGAACAAUAUGAUGAAGUUGGUCCUGAAAUUGUUCACCUCAAGACUGAAGUUUAA